AUGUCGGACCCCCUGCUCACAACUCUCUGCUCCAUCUGCCACGUAUCGGAACCAAAGUACAAAUGCCCUCGAUGCGGCAUCCAGACCUGCUCGUUGGGGUGCAUCACGAAGCACAAGUCCUGGUCCGAAUGCAACGGCGAGCGUGACCCGACCGCGUACGUGCCCAAGUCGAAGCUGCGUACCGUCGGCGGCAUCGACCAUGACUACAACUUCCUACACGGCCUCGGCUUGUCCGUCGAGCGGGCGGAGCGAGUUCUGGUCAGGGACAAGGGUCUCGUGCAGCCGCAGGAACUGCGUCCGCGGACGGUGGAGCAGACGCAGUGGAAGACGGGUCGCGACGGACGCAAGAGAAAGGUGGCGGUGACCAAGGUGCUCCAUGAGUCGAAGGAGAGAAGGUUCGAGCGGUGCCUGGCCCAGAGGCUACGGUUCCUCAACGUGCAAGUGGAAUGUGCGCCCACGGGGUUGUCGAGGCAGAAGGAGAACAAGACGACGUUCAAUCGCAAGACGGGCAUGAUCAACUGGCAGGUGGAAUGGGUCCUGUGGCACGACGAGCGGUCCCAAGCCGACGAAACGAGGCCGACAGCGGCAAGAGUGCUGUCCAAAGUCCUCGAGGACGUGCCACUGUACUUGGCGUACGAAGCAGCGACGCACGACACCGGCGAACAACCGCGAGGGGCGCGUCGGAUCGAGGCUCCUCAGGCCGCCCCGGGCUCGGCGUGGAGCUUCGGCACCGACUCGACACAGGAGCCUUCCACCGGCUGCUGGACAUCACACCACGGCGCAGACGUCGGAAGCUGUUGGCCGAGCGAGAGGGACGACAAGCUGCGGAAGCAAUUUUCAUUCUUUCUCGCAGGCGCCCCGGGGAGGGCUGACCGUCCCAGUACAGUCGCCGCCUUGGACGAAGGGGCUUGUCUGCGGGACAUUCUCUCCAACACGCGAGUUCGCGAAUUUCCUACCGUCUUCGUGUUGAAGGCGGGCGAAUCCGUCCCAGCCGGAUUCAUCCUGGGGCCCAAGGAAUCCAUCCCCCGUCGACAAUCGGCGACAGCGCGCCAUGAUGGCCCCGAGACGGGCGCCAACAAGACGCAGAGGCCGGCGAAGCGACGCAAGACGGACGAGGCUGGGUUGGGGGAAGACGAGGCUGGGAGCGGCGGGAACGGUGUCGACGGCGAAAGCAAGGGUGCCAUCGCCGCCGGCACCCAAGCCGAGGAGGAGGAUGGAGAAUUGAAGAGCUCGGAUGACGACGACGGCGACGACGGCGACGACGACGAUUCUACGAGCAGCUCUGCAUCGACGGCCAGUGACGCAGAGCACGAGCAGCAGGAGCAGCAGCAGCAGCAGCAGCAGCAGCAGCAUCAGGAGGAGGAGGAGGAGGAGGAGGAGGAGGAGAAGAAGGAGAAGCAGGAAGCGCGUGGAUGA